UCUCCUCACCAAUACUUGCACUGCAGUGGCUACAGGGUUCUCUUGGGAGGUGGGGAUGGGAGUGCUCUGAAGACCAGACCACAACACUCAGAACCUCGACAAUGGACCGAGUUUUUGAAAUUCCUGAGGAGCCAAACGUGGAGCCGAUAUCCUCUCUGGAGGAAGAUGUCAUCCGUGGGACCAACCCCCGAUUUACCUUUCCAUUUGACAUCCUCUUCUCCACGUUUUUGUACUGUGGGGAGGCAGCAUCUGCCUUGUACAUGGUUAGAAUCUAUCGGAAGAAUAGUGAAACCUACUGGAUGACAUACACCUUUUCCUUCUUUAUGUUUUCAUCCAUUAUGGUCCAGUUGACCCUCAUUUUUGUCCACAGAGAUCUGGCCAAAGACAAGCCACUAUCACUGUUUAUGCAUCUAAUCCUCUUGGGACCUGUUAUCAGAUGUUUGGAAGCCAUGAUUAAGUACCUCACACUGUGGAAGAAAGGAGGGCAGGAGGAGCCCUAUGUCAGCCUCACCCGAAAGAAGAUGCUAAUAAAUGGCGAGGAGGUGCUGACAGAAUGGGAGGUGGGCCACUCCAUCCGGACCCUGGCUAGGCACCGCAGUGCCUACAAACGUAUGUCACAGAUCCAAGCCUUCCUGGGCUCAGUGCCCCAGCUGACCUGUCAGCUCUAUGUGACCCUGAUCUCUGCAGAGGUCCCCCUGGGUAGAGCUGUGCUAAUAGUCUUUUCCCUGAUAUCUGUCACCUAUGGGGCUACCCUCUGCAAUAUGUUGGCUAUCCAGAUCAAGUACGAUGAAUACAAGAUUCGCCUUGGGCCACUAGAAGUCCUGUGCAUCACCAUUUGGCGGACAUUGGAGAUCACCUCCCGCCUCAUGAUUCUCGUGCUCUUUUCAGCCACCUUGAAAUUGAAGGCUGUGCCCUUCUUAUUGCUGAACUUCCUGAUCAUCCUCUUUGAGCCUUGGGUUAAGUUCUGGAGGAGUGGUGCCCAUAUGCCCAAUAACAUUGAGAAAAAUUUCAGCCGGCUUGGCACCUUAGUGGUGUUGAUUUCCGUUACCGUCCUCUAUGCUGGCAUCAACUUCUCUUGCUGGUCAGCUUUGCAGUUGAAGUUAGCAGACAACGACCUUGUUGAGAAAGGUCAGAACUGGGGACACAUGGGCCUGCACUAUAGUGUGAGAUUGUUAGAGAAUGUGAUCAUGGUCUUGGUUUUUAAGUUCUUUGGAGUGAAAUUGUUACUGAAUUACUGUCAUUCCUUGAUUGCCUUGCAGCUCAUUAUUGCUUAUCUGAUUUCCAUUGGCGUCAUGCUCCUUUUCUUCCAGUACUUGCACCCGUUGCGCUCACUCUUCACCCACAAUGUAAUGGACUAUCUCCACUGUGUCUGCUGCUACCAGCACCCUCGGGGCAGGGUUGAGAACUCAGAGCCAUCCGUUGAUGCUGAAGCAGGGCAAAGCAUUGUCUGAUUCUGUCUUUCGGGUAUUUUGGGAUGGGUUGGGGUUGCCAAGAGCAACCGUGAAAUUGAAGGAGAUGAUGAGGCUCAUGGGUGAGUACCCACCAGGACAUUGUUUUGAGUUUUCUUCUGUAAGCCUAUCAGAAGAAAGAGCAGCCCCCAAAUAGAUUUUAUUUCUUUAAGAUUGACUACUAUGUUUGGACACCAAGGUAACCACUGUGUACCUGGGAGGGUCAGAGAUAUCAUUCACAUUCCUCCCACCCAGGUCAGCUGUCUGGCUGCCCUAUGAGAUAACUUACCUCCAUGCACCUAAGGCUCUCUGUAGCUCUGCUCAUUGGCUUGAGCGUUACUGAGGUUUCUGUGGGCUGAACUGAAUGGCCCAGAAUCCCACCAGAAUAUAUCCUGAUUGAUCAGAGGAUGUGCCUGCUUAUCAGCUAUGGGUACCUCCCAGGAAACAGUCUGACUUAUGUGAAACCUGUAACUGUGAACGUGGCUGGGGUCUUUUCAUUCCAGUGAGAAACACUGAUUAAGAGGAAAACCCCCACUAUUAAAAGAGCUGCUCCUUAAAUGAGUUAGCUCUCCAUUAGGGCUUUACUAGUGAUCAUUCAUCAAGGAUCUUUCUUUUCAGUGGCCCUUCAAAGGCACACUCUGAGGAGGGAGUACAGAGUGGGUUUCCUUCAAGGCAUAAAGCAGAAUGGCUAUCUCAGGGACCUGCAUGGGCCUCCACUGUGCUGAGUGGAGUGGUUGAAUCAAAGCUCUCACUUCUUGCCUACUUAUCAGGGAUUCCCUCCAACCUGGCUUUUCUGUGCUCUUUGACCAACAUUGACGUAGAUCUCAGAGAAGCUGAACUGUAAUUGAAAAUGUUUCUAAUGUGUGGAAGAA